CGCUCUGCUUCUCCGUCGAGGUUACUGCGUCGUCUCCCGGAGAUUUGCAUUGAAUUCGAUCGCUCCUAAGUCAAGUCAGCUGAAUCUCGAGAUGGUCUACAUAGUUUCAUGGGACGAAUUCGUAGAUCGAUCUGUUCAGCUUUUCAAAGCUGACCCCGAAUCUACUAGGUAUGUUGUCAAGUAUAGACAUUGUGAUGGCAAGUUGGUUCUUAAGGUUACUGAUAACAAAGAGUGUCUCAAGUUCAAGACGGACCAAGCACAAGAAGCAAAGAAGAUGGAGAAACUGAAUAACAUAUUCUUCACCCUCAUGGCCAGAGGACCUGAUGUUGAUCUUUCUGAAGUGAACGGGAAAGAACAGAUGGAGACACAACCUGUGAAGAAAGGCAGAGGAAGGAAGCAAUAAGUCCCAUGAUUCUGUUUUUCUUUCUUUUCUUUUCCUUUUUGGUAUCAAGAUUUUGAUCCAUUUUUGGGGGAUAUUUUGAGAUGGGGAUUUGUGAUGAUAGGAUAAUUAAAUAUUUGUUCUAAUUUAAGCUGACUUUUGAUCUAAAAGAAUACAUUUUUUUUUAUCGAAAAUGCUAAUUAUCAUCCA